UAUACUUUAUACUUUUCAGGAAACUAAAAAAUGGAUUUUGGUACAACGCAACACAAUGAUUUUCAAUGGCCAUUUCCAAAACCAAUAGUUGGAAGGCCAUGCGAGCCCCCCAGCCCGAACCAGUCGCCCCCACCACGGCCCCCACCCGUGGUCCCCUACUGCCACUGCGACGUGCACUCCUACUCCCCGCGGGUGGAGCAGUACAAACAACUGCUGGAGAAAGAGCAGAAACUAUGCCAGGACUACGCGCAGUUGAGGAAGACGAUGGUGGAUGUAACCAACGAUAUUCUGGACCAUCCUUGUGACGAUUUGGAUAGUAAAAUGCUAACGAUGUAUCAAGCAACAUACAAGAAACGAUCAUUCCCAAUAACGGACUACCGCGCGAUAGUGGCGGCAGCGCAGUCGCCAGUUGCGAUCCCAAUGGAGAGCCAUCGGCUAGGCAUGCUGAUGUGCUAUAAGGACCCGACCAACUUCACCGAGAAACCCCCAGUGGUCCGCCCCACCAUUCACCCCCCGCGCCCAGUCCACACAGGCGUGUCCCCCACAGCAUUGACCACGUAUUUCACUGAGUACCCAGGGCGCACAGAGUAUAUGGAUACCUACAGCGCAGCAGCCAAAGCCUGCUGGUUAUCCAUGCAGAGGUACAAAGAACCCAUGCCCUCAACACGCAGAAGAGCGGAUGACCCAUGCAUUUGA